AUGAUACGUGGUGAGGGUCACAUCGAUUUAUUCGAUCAAACGUUACUUGUCGUACGAGAGGAGCAACAUGACUGUCAUGUUAGUGUCUCUGAUUUUCGUGGCGCUUAUAGCCCUUUAUUUUUAUUUGACGCGAAAUUACAAGUACUGGCAAAAACGUGAAGUUCCUUAUGUGGAUGGAGCCUUGCCGUGGUUCGGUAACAUGUUAUCGGUGAUCUGUAUGAAGACGCACAUCGCCGAUUUCUGUUACAAGGUCUACAAGGAUAAUAAGGAUCACAGCAUGGUCGGGAUCUAUGACUUUACGUCACCAGCAUUAAUGGUCAUCGAACCGGCACUAGUCAAAGUGGUGCUGCAAACUCAUUUUUCAAGUUUUGCCGAAAAUGCUGUUCAUAUUGAUAAAGAAUCAGACAACCUCCUGUCAUAUAAUCCCUUCGUCCUUUCCGGUGAGAAGUGGUUAAACAGCAGAAAGCGAUUAACAUACGCAUUUUCUAGCAUGCGACUGAAGAUCUUGCUCGUUAGCGUUAAAAAAGUGUGUGCGACGAUGGAGAAUUACAUGGACAGAAAAUUAAGUAACAGAGAGACAGAGUUCGAACUGAAGAGCUUAUUUUCCAAAUACUCCGCGCAGGUGGUAGCUGCUGCUGGCUUUGGUGUAGAUGGAUACUGCUUUGAUGAUAGCAAAAAAGAUAUAUCUUUUAGAAAACUCGGACAAGCCAUCUUCAAACCGUCAAAACGAAAUAGAAUUAUAUUCGCUCUUGUAUUUCUCAUUCCAUCAUUAAAUAAAAUCUUCAAAAUAAGCUUCGUCCCGAAGUACGUUGAUAAUUUCUUCAGAACAUUGGUUGCAGAACUCAUGGAGCAAAGGAGAAAGGACGGGAUACCUAGAAACGAUUUCCUCCAUUUGAUGGCUGAACUGGAGCGAGCAGAGGGGGAUAAAUUCGAUAAUGAAAUGCUUACAGGUCAAGCAAUGUCAUUCGUUCUCGACGGUUACGAAACGUCUAGCAGUAUUAUGAGCUUCGUCGGAUUUUAUUUGGCUCGUUAUCCAAAAAUACAAGAGAAAUUACGCGAGGAAGUGAUAUCCGUGCUCAACAAAUACGAUAGUGAAAUCACGUAUGAAGGUUUGAGGGAGAUGACAUACAUGGACCAAGUCAUUAAUGAAACGAUGAGGUUAAUACCCGCAGGAUUGUCAAUGAAGAAACGAUGCACGGAAGAGUUCGAACUGAAAGGAUCCGAUGGAGUCGUCUGUCGCGUGCCACCUGGAAUGGAGAUUUUCAUACCAGUUCAAGCUCUCCACAAAGAUCCUCAAUACUGGGAAAAUCCGGAAGAAUACGAUCCUGAAAGAUUCAAUUCGGACAGAAAACAAAACAUCGAUAGAUUCACCUUUCUUCCAUUCGGCGAAGGCCCACGAAUCUGUGUGGGCAUGAGAAUGGCCCAGCUGCAGAUAAAGGCGGGUUUGGCUAUGAUUAUAAGAAAAUACAAUCUGGAACUAUCCCCAAAGACGCAAAUGCCUUUAAAGUUCAUUCCUGGCACCAUAUUACCAACACCAAAAGGCGGUCUGUGGGUCUAUUUUCGGCAGCUUUAAAUAUUUUCUUUUAAUUUUUGUUUUAAUUUUUAAUUGUGUAUGUUUUUU